UAAUGAACCAAGAAAUCAAGAAAGAAACCAAAAAUUAACAAAAAAACAAGCGGAAUCGCGGUUGUUUAUAUAUUUAGAGCUAAUAAAAUCUGAAGUAAAUAGUGGAAGAGACGAUUGCUUGCUGCUAGUGAGUAACAAAAAGAUGUGGGCAAGCUCAGAAGGAGGAGCUCCUGAGGUGACUCUAGAAACUUCAAUGGGAUCUUUUACUGUUGAGUUAUAUUACAAGCAUGCACCAAAAACUUGUAGAAACUUCCUUGAACUAUCUCGCAGAGGUUAUUAUGAUAAUGUGAAAUUUCAUCGAAUUAUCAAGGAUUUUAUAGUGCAAGGAGGGGAUCCAACUGGUACCGGGAGAGGAGGAGAAUCCAUAUACGGUCCAAAGUUUGAGGAUGAGAUAAAGCCUGAAUUGAAGCAUACUGGAGCUGGGAUUAUAUCCAUGGCAAAUGCUGGUCCAAAUACCAAUGGAAGCCAGUUCUUCAUUACUUUGUCACCAACUCCGACUCUAGAUGGAAAACAUACUAUUUUUGGUAGAGUGUGUAGAGGAAUGGAAGUACUCAAAAGACUUGGCAGCAUCCAAACUGACAACAAUGAUAGGCCGAUCCAUGACGUGAAGAUUUUACGAACAUCUGUCAAAGAUUAACUUUUGUUCUUCUUAAGGCAAACUUUUAUUUCCAUCAGGGGGAACCUCGAAUUGCUAGUGUCUAUAUUUUUAUUGAGAAACAUGAGUGGAUGUACUUAAAUUGCAUGUAGAAGCAAAACAGAAACAUUGCCUGCA